AUGAUUGCGCGUGCUCGAUUUGCUAAAGGUGUCUUUAGCCUCUUUUUUGUAUUUUCUCAAAUAACAUUCUGUUCCGACAGAAAGAGAGGAUAUUUCUUUUUACGAGUUAAAAGACGUUUAACAGGCGUUGUAAAACUUUCUACCGGAGUAAAAGAACUGGCGGGAGCUGCUUCGGUAGGUAAAGCGGUAGCUCCUACAGGCUUUUCUUCUACAACAGGUUCUUCAUUUUCUUCUGGUUUUUUGACUUCUAUGGAAGUAGAUUCUUAUGGAGAAUACGACAUAGAUUCGGGUCAAUAUGGUAAAUAUAUUGCUGCUUAUAUUUUGACAAAACUUAUUAUUCUAGUGUCAGAAAGCAAUAAAGAUUCCAAAAAAAGAGCUGAAAAUUGGACGACUGAACAGCUAACUCUUUUGAUAAAGCUGUACAACGAAAAAAAGCAAUUGCUUGAUGGAAAACUUUCUCCUUCUAUCUCAAAAUUUACAAAAGACGAUGCAUGGAGUAAAAUUGCGGACCAAGUUUCCCUUGUUGGCCCAGAUCGCACAGUUCAUCAAUGUAAAAAGAAACUGUCUGAUCAGAAAUCAGACAGCAAAGGCAAAGCAGCACGAAUCAUAUUUAGUAUGAACAAAACUGGUGGGGGUGAGAAAUGCUUGGAAGAGCUCAACUUUAUCGAUCAGCAAAUGGUAUCCAAAAUGCCGAAGGUUUCAUACAUAGGAAUAUCUGGCGGUGUUGACACUCUUCAAAGUCCUACAACAUCCAACGAUUCAUUUACUGCUUUUUCCUUAGACUCUUCAAUAUUUUCAGUGCCACCAGUGUUGCAAGAUGCAACUAAAACUACAGAAGAACUGCUAGUUUCUGACGCAUUAGCUAGUCCGUCUCCGUCUACAACAAUUUCAGCAAAAGAGAAUGUUGAAUCUAAGUCAAAAAAGAAUGUUGAAUCUAAAAAACGGAAACUAUCGCCAUCAAAUGUGGAUAAUUAUAUGAACAACAUGUCCAAGCUUGGUGAACAAAUUGUUGCAACCGGACAGCAAAUAGCGUCUGCUCUUAAUCCAACUAUGCAAACCGAUCAACCUCUUUUGGAAAGUAUCGCUGUAACCUUGGGACGCAUUGCUGAAUCAACAGAAAAUCUCGCGAACUCAUCUGAAAAAAUUGCGAGUGCUCUAAAAGAGAUUGCUUCAGCUAUCUCAAAUAACCAAUAAAUGUCAAUUAUUUCUUAAUGUCGACUGAUAAAUGCUUAUUGACUUUAUUUAUUAUUCUUAUUUUUACCUAAAAACAAAAUUUAAAAUAUAACGAAAAAGUUUGACCCAAGUGGAAUCCUUCCCAUAACAUUAAACUCGAAGUAUGUCAAUGCUAAUAUCGAUAGAUGGCUUCUAAGGAAAUUUUUUUUAAUAAUAGUACACAUUUUUUAUGCUUUUUGAUAAUGACU